AUGUCUCUGCACUACAUGCUUUGCUUGUUAAUCGCAUGGGUGAUGAUCACGAUGCUCUGCUGUAAUUUCUUCGUCUCACUGAUCUUUGUCAAGGGUGGUUUCCUGAAAGAAGCGGCUCCAAUCUACUCGAUAAUUUUCUACAAUAUUUGCGUGGGUACUUGUCAACUCGUCACCCAUAUUUUCACGCUUUUGCCCGCGAUUUUCCCAAGAGAGAAUAUUUUCGAUUUGUACACGAUCGGUCAUUACGUGCACUCUGUGUGGAUUUUGAGUCUUUGGUAUGCCGCCUCGUAUGUUCAUAUAUUGAUGGCCGCUAAUCGCAUCUCGGUCUUCGUUUUGCCGCGUUUCGCUCGCCAGUUGACGCUUCGAAACGUGAAAAUCGCUCUGGUGUUCAUCUCGAUUCUAUCGAUCAGCACCUCGAUUUACACACAAUUGUUGACCCCAUGUUGCCGAUUAUAUAUGGAACAAGCCACCUACAGUUACAAUUAUCUUCCGACAAGGCCCGGUCGAAAUAUGACAAAGAAUAUCUCGAAAUAUUUCAUCGAUAUGCCAAUCGAGAGCACUGUUACCGGAUUCUGUAUCAUUUCGUAUGCAUUUAUCUGUUUCUACAUCAAUAAGAUGCAACGGAAACAAAAUGAUGGAGAUAAAAAGGAGAAGAAAAUGAUGAGGAAGGAGAUUAUGUGUUGUGUGCAAUGCUUUUUAACUUGCGCUUUCUACACAUUCACCUGGUUUUCCGUGCAUUUCUUCCCAUCGCUUGGUUUUACCACAAUGGAACCAUACGCAUCAAUCUCUCUCGUUUACAUGCUCGAUUGUGGAAUGAAUGCUGUCAUCAUGUUGCUCAAUAAUGAAGAGGUUCGCCGGAAAGCAGCUCGUUUACACUUCGUUAGUGGUGGAUACACGAUCGAACCGACGAACAUCUCAACAGCGAAGGAGAUCUCAUCCACAAAUCGACCCCCACCAUCCGGCACAUCGAACAAAUCGACUAAC